AUGACCGUCGCUGACUUUUCCUCAAAUGAUUUCCAUGUCUCGCCGACGACAGGCUUCAUGCCGCCUCAGCCGCCUCCGGACAGCCUCCCAGCGUCCUGGAAACCAUGGGAGGUCGUUUUCCGCGACGCGCUGGACGGUGGCUUCAUGCCAGGGGACAAACCAGACAUUACUGACGAGCAGAAGCAGGAUACUGAGCGGUGGCGGGCCUCUGUGCGCCAGUUGUCCGUCCUGCUAACUCAUGACCUCAUGACAUCAGAGGUCAAUUUGAGACGAGCUCACCAUGUCCUCACAUUUAUUCUGCAUUACUACGUGAACAGUCUUCCCCCUGAUGCUCCUAUCCUCAUCCCUCCUCCCAUCACCGUUCCUCUGCUCCAGAUAUCCCAACGGCUGCAGCUGCCUCCCGUCCUCACGUUUUCCGACAAUGUUCUAUACAACUACAUCAUCCCAUCCGCCCAUACAACCAUGCCUUUACAAACCCCCACUGUCGAGAACAUUCGUUCACAAGAUCUAUUCACGGGCACGAAAGACGAAGAAGAAUUUUACUUGUGCUCAGCUCGGAUUGAGCUAGCGGGCGUCGAAGCACUCAGCAUCAUCCGGGACGCCAUGAACGAGAUAUUCAUCGGUGACAGCCUUGCUGUUCGACGAAUCACGGCAUACCUCUACCAUUUGUCAACAGUCAUCAAAAGGCUCAAAGACCUACUCAUGUCUGUACGCGACGGAUGUGAUCCAGAGACUUAUUACACCGUCGUACGGCCUUGGUUCCGUGGCGAAGACUCGGAUCCUAACAAACGGAGAUGGAUCUUCGAGGGCAUGGAGCAGGAUUCUAGCCUCAAACAGCCUGUGGAACUGUCAGGUCCAAGCGCUGGCCAGAGUUCCAUGGUCCACGCCCUUGAUCUCUUCUUGGGGAUACAAAACCGCACGCCGUCCUCCCUUGAUAAACCCGCUUUCCUCACACGCAUGCUUUCGUAUAUGCCGAGGCAUCACAGGGCGUUUUUGAUUCAUCUCGCGAGCACACCUAGACCGUUGCGCGAUUUCGUUAUGGCUAAAGAGGACGCGGCACUGCUUGCUGCGUAUAAUACGGCAGUGACAUCAUUGAAGGAGUUCAGGGAUUCGCAUAUGAUCAUCGCGACGUUGUACAUCAUCUCGCCUGCGCGCAGGGCGGCAAAGGCGGCAAAGGUCACCGAGGAGGAGAAGCCGUUGAAAGGUACUGGUGGGACCGAUCUUGUGAAGUUUCUGAAGGACACUCGGGAUCGUACAAAGGACUCUGUAAUUUCCAAAUAA